GUUGUUGUGGCCGUUACAUCGAGACGGCAAGAGCAAUGGCACCGUCGCCGGCCGAGACGCUUGAACUCGCCACAGUCAAACCAGGAGAUGGCACCAACUUCCCCAAGGAUGGCGACACCGUACGAGUGCACUACAUCGGCAAGCUGGACGAUGGCACACUAUUCGAUUCUAGUCGCGAACGUGGCCGCACGUUUGAGUUCAAGGUUGGCGCUGGCCAAGUCAUUCGUGGCUGGGACGAAGGGAUUAAAAAGAUGAGCAAGGGCCAAAUUGCAAGACUUGAAUUGCCCCCGUCAUUCGGCUAUGGUGAACAUGGAUAUCCACCGAUUAUCCCGCCGCAUGCGACGCUGUACUACGAGAUUGAGCUGCUUACCUUUUGCUCAUAAUCGAUCCAAGUGUCAUGAGCCACA